AUGGCAAACUCCAACGUGCCUCUAAACCCAACCUUCUUUGGCCAUGUUGCCUCCACUUUGGAUGCUCUGGUUCUGUUCGAAGCAUGCUUAAGCAGUGCCCUGCAUCACGUCCCUCGACGACCUCACGACCGGGAACGUCAGGAUCUUAUCAAGAGCGGAAACGUCUUCAUCUACGAGGAACACUCGUCCGGCAUCAAGCGCUGGACUGACGGUGUUGCAUGGAGCCCCAGCAGAAUCCUGGGCAACUUCCUCAUCUACCGCGAACUCGACAGACCUUUCCCUCCUGGCGAGAAGAAGCGCGCCAUGAAGCGCAACAAGAAGCCCACUGGUGUGACCAAGCCCGAGAUCACACGUCAGGGAAGUGUCAACGGGGCGGGCGCCAAUAUGGGUAUGGGAGAUGGUUCGCAGGGCAACAAGGAAGCGGAACGCGCCCUCAUAGGAUCCCUGGUCGACUCAUACCCUUUCAAGGAGAACGGCUUGGUGAAGAAGACAAUCAGUGUUACGUACCAAGGCGUGCCGCAUCAUCUGGUGUCCUACUACAACGUCGAGGAUGUUACAGAAGGAAAGCUCAUGACGCCUUCGAAAGACCACCAGCUCUCAACAAUCAUUCCCCGCGGGGAGUUGAUCAUGUCCCAGAACUUCCGGGCUCCCAUCGACGAGGUCGAAAUGGACGACUCGCGUGGCCCUCACGGCCUUUUCACUCAUGCGUACCCAGUCAAUGGCCACCAUCACCAGAGCCUGUCGAGGGCCAUGUCAGUGCCCUCAUUGCAUCACAUGGGCGGCGGCAUGGGCGGUCCCCAAUUCGGGCAACCGCCCUACAUGUCAUCGUAUUUGAGCAGUGUCCCGGGAUCUGUAAGCAACGUGGGCUAUGCGCAAAGCCAGCACCCAAGCUACGGUUACGACAACAUUAGCCGGACCAGUCGGUAUCCUUCUAGUGCCGGGUUGGCUCCCGACAUGUCGCGAACCAUGGCCCUUGAGUCGCAGCAUCAUCCUAGGCGGCACUCAACAGCUUACGAACCUACAUCGGGACCAGAUAUGAGUCUUGCCAGCAGCUUGCCGGCCGUUCCGACAGACGCUUCACGGGGGAUGGGAGGAGGCUAUAUGAGUUCGAUGCUGUACUCGCAGCAACGCGUUCAUGACCUGUCGCCGCACGAAGCCUUUCCCUCCCCCUCCCCCCGAAAUGUCCACUCGGAAUCGGGCAUAGGCGGCGACCGAUCGAUACAAUCCUUUGACGGACUGAGCAGUCGCGAGACCUGGAAUUCAUUCGAACCAUUAGAGGAUGAACAGGGACAGUAUAUCUCCCAGGGAAAUGCGGCUUGGCCAGGUAGCAGCAGUAACUCACUGGGCAGAACCUGA